AUGUCGCACCCAGACGAAGGGUCCUCUCCUGAUUUGCGCAGACCGCGCGUCCUUAUAACCGGAUGUGCUUACUGCAACAAAGGCGAUCAUCUCCAGCUCUGUGAUUGCAAAGUGGCCUACUUCUGUUGUGUCGAGCACAAGACAGCAAUGGCAGCGCAACACUCCGGAUAUUGCCAGAAAGUGCAUGAUGGGCGACCCUUCCUUGCCGAGAACCCGUUACGGGAUUCGACCGGGGCUGUUGUGCACGCUCAUGAAACAGACUUGUAUGCUGCAUUUGGCCUCCGUAGCACUGCGGUCUACAAAGAUGUCCGUGAGAAGCUUGCUACGUUCCUAAGCAAGAUUAAUACCAAGUUGGCCGCCGAAGAACGGCUAGCGAUACUGAUUGAGAUAUACCCGAUAAAUCUAAAUGCACAGCUGGCCACCAUGGGACUUAUGGUUCGUCUAGGUCGCGACCAUGAAGCGUACAAUAUUGUGAGCAGGUGUAACCGACUCCUAACAAGCCAGAAUGUUGAAUUACAUGGUGGGGUGUAUCCAAUCUACCAACAAUUGAUCAGAGAAAAAGGCGACGUGGAUCCAUGGGGCGAAGUCGCCUGGCUCGAUGACGAUUUUACUCCGCUGGGAUUUGUCUUUCCGUUCAUUCUCAUCAAGGUGAAAAUGCUGAUCGACCUGGAAGGUCUACAGGUAACACUUACCAGAUUUGGCUUUAGAGUCCCGCGAGAGGUCCUGGACCAUAUUCGUUCCUUUGUGCCGACUAGCUCCUUCAUACAAAAUGACCUGGCUGUUCUGCAUGGCGAUGACCACACGGAACGAAUCCAGCUUCUGCGUCAUCAGAUUCAAUUGCUAUAUGACACAGUGGAUAGGAUGGACGAUAAGGUUUGGCCGUUUGUCCUCUAUGAUAAGUAUGAAAAUGAUUCACGUGCCUGUGAUCUCGAUAAGUGGCAUCUCACCAACAUCUGGAGGGAAAUUGGGAAUGCUUGGCUGGAGACCCCGGGUGCCUUGGCUUGUAUUGCUAGGUUUAGACAUAGGUAG